GUUCUUAUCUCAGAGAAACUCCAGCACCGUGUGUCAGCCGUUGAUUACAUAUAUACCAUAAAGAAGCUGCCUCCUAUGCGUCGUAGCAAAACGACAAGCGACCUGUCGUUGGCGAUGGCGCGAAAGAAGGUUGCUUCAGUUGUAGUUGGGUCUCUUGUCUGGGCAGAGGAUCCGCAGGUAGCUUGGAUAGAUGGCGAAGUUGAAGAAGUUAAUGGAGAAGAGAUUACGAUAAACUGUACAAAUGAGAAGGUGGUAAGUUUAUCUCAUGAAUCAAAAGUUGAAGAGCUCACUUUCCACCUGCAGCUUGAGAAACAAAUGAGGUCUGAUCUUGAGAAAGAGAUGCAGCUACAGUGGCAGGAAAAUGUAAAGUUAAAGUCUGCCUUGGAAGAGAUACAGCUCCAGUUCCAGGAAACAAAGGCAUUGCAAAUCAAGGAACCUGAGGCUGCAAAGAAUGUGGCUGGGCAUGUUGCUGUCAUUGAAAGUGACGCUGCUAAGAAAGUGGCUGAGCAUUCUGUCACUCAGGAGGUCCCUGUUUUUGAUAAUGAGUUAAUGGCUAAACUCAAGGCAGAAAAUCAAGAAUUAAUGGCUCAGGUAAGUUCAUUAGAGAUGAAAUUUGAUGAAACAAGUAAGCUCAGUGAAGAGUGGUUGAAGCAGGCUUUAGAUGCCGAAUCAAAGAUAAUUGAGCUUAAAACUACCAUGCAAAAGCUGGAAGAAAGGGUUGCUGAUAUGCAACAUGAGGAUCAGGUUUUGCGGCAGCAAGCAUUGUUGAAUACACAAGUUAGUAGAAAAGUGUCACCUUCCUCAUCUCAGCAUAUGGAAAAUGGUCAUCUUGAUCCACAGAAUUCUUCUCCCAAAAGGAAAGUUGUUACAGAUCCUAUGAAGAGAUCUCAGAGUGGGCCAUUGCAAGAGAUUGUAGAUGAUCUAAUUACAUGUGUGACAAAAAAUGUCGGAUUUGAUAAAGGAGUACCUGUUGCAGCAAUUACCAUAUACAAAUGCCUUCUCAACUGGAAAUCAUUUGAAUCAGAAAGAACUAGUGUGUUUGAUCGCCUUAUUCAGAUGAUUGGCUCUGCAAUUGAGGAGAAUGAAGACAAAAAUGAUCACUUGGCCUAUUGGCUGUCCAACACUUCUGCACUGCUGUUCCUGCUUCAACGUUGUUUAAAAGGCAAUGGUGCAUCUGGUUCAAGUUCACAGUUGCCUCCCGCUCCAACAUCAUUUCUUGGAAGGAUGGCCCAGGGUUUUCGUUCUUCUUCUACGAACCUUGCAGCUGAUACAUUUCGCCAGGUUGAGGCCAAGUAUCCAGCCUUGCUUUUUAAGCAGCAGUUAACAGCGAUUGUAGAAAAGAUAUAUGGAAUCAUUCAAGAAAAUCUGAAAAGGGAGCUAGUGCCUAUUAUUUCUUCUUGUAUGCAGGCAUCCAAGGGAUCAAAAGGAACUGCUUCACAAUCAUCUGAAGAGUCAGUUGGCAGUAGUCCUUCAGUAAGUCACUGGAGCAGUGUCAUUGAGUGCCUUGAUAGGCUGCUCUCUACUCUGAAAGAAAAUUUUGUGCCUCCAAUUCUUGCUCAGAAGAUCUUCACUCAAAUUUUCUCAAUAAUUAAUGUAGAUCUUUUCAAUAGCCUACUUCUUCGUGAAGAGUUCUGCACUUUCAGCAAUGGUGAAUAUGUGAAGUCUGGGUUAGUUGAACCGGAACUAUGGCAUGAGCAAGCAACAGAAGUGUACACAGGCACAUCACAGGAUGAACUCAAACACACCAGGCAAGCCAUUGGGUUCUUGGUUUUACAUGAUAAAUCCAAAAUAACGUAUCAUGAAAUUACAAAUGAACUCUGUCCUGUGUUAAGUGCACAACAGCGUUAUAGGAUAUGCACCCGUUAUAGAGAUGAUGACAGCAACACUCUAAGUGUUUCUCCAGAUGUUAUUUCGAGAAUAAAAGUUUUAUUGACAGAUGACUCCAAUGUUGAUGAUAGCAACUCCUUUUUGUUGGAAGAAGAUUUAAGCCUUCUUUUCUCAAUCGAUGACAUUUUUGGGGCUUUUGAAUUGAAGGAUUUUGCAGUAGCAAAAGCUCCAGCAGAACUGCUGCACCAUCAGCACUUCCCUUUCUUGCAAGAACAAGGCCAUGCCUCUGCUUAACUCUUUGCGAAGCAUAUCAAGACUGGACAGAAGUUUCUCCAUCCCAAUGCCGUACUGUAAAUCCCAACACCAAGUUCUUUAGUUUUAUUCCCUUCUGCAUAUAGUUUUUCUCUGUUGCUGUGACGUCCAUUGCCCCAAGUGAAAUGUCAUCAUUUUUAAAUUAGGGUUGUGAAAAUUUUACUAGCUGGAGUGAGGUAGUUAAAGUG